UGUUGUCCGUCUACCCGCGCUGAGAAAGGAGAUUAAAUCAAUCUUCUUAACUAUUCACAAGGUCUACAAAUUAGCUGUGUUAGCAAUCCUGUAGCACACUGUGGAAUAUGUGGUGAUAUGUGGUGUUCAAUAGAAAUCAAUCACCAGGGCAAGUUUUCGUCAAAGGCUUGUCUGCUAUUGCAAGCCCCUUUGAAACAGAGGAGCCAUGGGGGCAGGAACGCAGGUCAGACUCCUGCUGUGGAAGAACUGGACCGUCCGUAGGAGGCAGCGGGUGCGUUUCUUCAUGGAAAUCAUAUGGCCUAUUAUUUUGUUCGUGGGGCUCGUGUGGCUACGACGAGUGAAUCCACUUUACCGUCAGCACGGAUGCCACUUUCCCAACAAGGCCAUGCCCUCUGCAGGGGUCUUACCAUGGAUCCAGGGAAUCUUCUGUAAUGCCAACAACCCUUGUUUCCAGUACCCCACCCGUGGUGAAUCACCUGGCUUGGUGUCCAACUACAACAACUCAAUAUUGGCUCGCUUCUACUCGGAUGCCCAGGAGCUCCUUUUUAGUGAUCCAAAGCUUUUACCCGUGGGACAACUUUGGACUGAAGUGAAAGCUAUGAGUGACUUCAUGGACACGUUGCGUACCCGUCCUGAUAAAGUCUCAGGCAGAGGACUACAGGUUGAGACAAUCCUGAAGGAUGAUGAGACUCUGACGUCAUACCUUCUGAGAGAUGUUCCACUCACCGAAUCUGUGGUCAAUCACCUUGUCAGUGCCCAAAUCAGGCCCGAACAGUUUGCUUUUGGUGCUCCAAACAUUCAUUUAAAGGACAUCGCCUGCAGCUUGAACCUGUUAGAGCGAUUCCUCAUUUUCCCGAGCCACAGGGGACUACUCGCCGUCCACAACGCUAUGUGUAUCCUCACCGUUCAGCGGCUGCAGAUCAUCGAGGACAAGUUCUAUGCCAACAUCGACUUUUUCAAGCUCUUCCGAGUGCUUCCUCGAAUUUUGGACAGUAACUCAGAAGGCAUGAACAUUCACUUUUGGGUCCAGGCGGUGUCCGCCGCUUCGGACAAACUGCAAGAGUUGUUCCAGCGAAGCAGCAGCCGGGAGCUCUUCCAGGUCAUGACUCCUCUCUUCCAGAGCGAUCUGUCCUUCAGGCAGGUGAUGGCUGCCGCUUCCAGCCUCGUGUGCGGCUACACUGAGGGGGCUUUCUCCAGAGUGGCCUCCUUUAACUGGUACGAGGACAACAACUACAAAGCUUUUCUUGGCAUCAGCAGUGGCAGAAGACAGGGCCAGCAUACUUAUGACAACAGCACCACUCCUUUUUGCAAUAAUAUGAUGAAUGAACUGGAAUCCAACCCUGCCACCAGGAUCGUGUGGCACUCCCUGAAGCCCAUGUUGAUGGGAAAGAUCCUGUAUGCCCCCGACUCACCUGCUGUCAGAAUGAUCGUAAGAAAUGCCAACAGUACAUUUGAAGAGCUUCAAAGGCUGAAGACGAUGGGGAAGGCUUGGGAGGAAGUGGCUCCACAGAUUUGGGCUUUCUUCCAAGAUGGAGUGCAAGUCAAAAUGAUACGGGACACUUUCCGGAAUCCGUCAGUGAUGGAUUUUAUUGACCGGAGUCUUGAGGAGGCUCCGUUCUCCACCAAACACAUCCUCAACUUCCUACACAACAGUCAGCCAGAGGACCGGCUUGACAGCAUGCCUGAUUUUGAUUGGCGGGAUGUUUUCAACCUCACUGACCGUGUCAUUCGGAUGCUCAAUCAAUAUGGAGAUUGUGUAAUCCUGGAUAAAUUUGUGGUCCUACCUAACGAGGACACCGUAACCUAUCGGGCCUUGGACCUGCUCGAGGAUGGCAAGUUUUGGGCAGGUCUCAUCUUUGCUGAUAUGCACCCUUGGACCGCAAAAGUCCCACCUCAUGUAAAGUUCAAGAUUCGUAUGGAUAUUGAUGCUGUGGAGCGUACCAAUAAAGUCAAAGAUAGGUAUUGGGAUCCGGGCCCCAGAGCAGAUCCUAUGGAUGACCUGCGCUAUGUUUGGGGGGGAUUUGCUUAUCUUCAGGACAUAAUAGAACAUGGGAUCAUUCGGACUCAGACGGGGAAAGAGUGGCCGUUGGGUGUUUACCUGCAACAGAUGCCCUACCCUUGUUAUGUGGAUGAUCUCUUCAUGCUCACACUGAACCGCUGCUUUCCCAUCUUCAUGGUUCUGGCUUGGGUCUACUCUGUGUCCAUGAUAGUCAAAAGUAUUGUUCUGGAAAAGGAACUCCGUCUCAAGGAGACGCUCAAGGUGAUGGGGGUCUCGAAUGGUGUCAUCUGGUCCACUUGGUUUAUUGACAGCUUCCUCGUGAUGGGUACCAGCACUGCUCUUCUUACAGUCAUCAUCAUGGGAGGGAGUGUACUGAACUACAGCAACCCCCUCAUCCUCUUCCUCUUUCUGCUCACCUUCACCACGGCCACCAUCAUGCAAUGCUUCCUCCUCAGCGUCUUCUUCAACCAGGCCAACUUGGCAGCAGCCUGCUGUGGAAUCAUUUAUUUCGCCUUGUAUCUUCCGCACCUCUUCUGCUUCGCUUGGCAAGAUCGCAUCACCAAAGACAUGAAGAUCCUGGUGAGUCUGAUGUCCCAAGUUGCUUUUGGUUUUGGGACAGAGUACCUAUCCCGUUAUGAGGAGCAAGGUCAGGGUCUGCAGUGGGACAACAUCCAGACCAGUCCUCUGGAGGGGGACGAGUUCUCAUUCCUCACCUCUAUCUGCAUGAUGGGCCUGGACACUGUCCUAUAUGCUGUACUUGCCUGGUACCUUGACAACAUCUUCCCUGGUCAGUAUGGAAUUGGCAGACCAGUUUAUUUCCCCUUCAUGCCCUGUUAUUGGCUCAACACUGUCACUCCAGCUUCAGACAACAAGAAACAUGAGCUGUCCAAAAAAGGCUUUGAUAACCUAGCAUUCAAGGACCAACGGGGCCCACAGAAAAAAGAGGAACAGGAAAACCAGGACAAUCAAAAAAAUGCAGGAACAACUAGCACAUAUGAACAAGAAGACCAGAGAGAUGCGGCGGGGCCGGAGAACCAGGAGACAAAUGGGCAGGCAUUCUUUGAGGCAGAACCAGCUGACCUGGUGAGGGGCGUUUGUAUCCAGAACCUGGUAAAAGUAUUCGGCAGUAGCUCUAGGCCUGCUGUGAAUGGCCUCACCCUCAGCUUCUACGAGAACCAGAUCACUGCCUUUCUUGGGCACAAUGGGGCCGGCAAGACCACCACUAUGUCCAUCUUGACUGGUAUGUUCCCUCCCACUUCAGGCACAGCUUCCAUUUACGGAAAAGACAUCCGCACGGACAUGGACGCCAUUCGUCUGACUUUGGGAAUGUGCCCAGAGCAUAACACUCUUUUUCAAUAUAUGACUGUUGCUGAGCAUAUCCUCUUCCACUCCAUGCUGAAAGGCCGUGCCAUAGCGGAGGCUGAAGAGGAGAUGGAGAAUAUGCUCCAAGAUCUAGGUCUACCACACAAAAGAGAUGAAUUGACACAAAAUCUCUCAGGUGGCAUGCAGAGGAAGCUAUCAGUCGCAUUGGCAUUUGUUGGCGGUGCAAAGGUGGUGUUCUUAGAUGAACCCACUUCUGGGGUGGAUCCUUACUCCAGACGCUCCAUUUGGGAUCUGUUGCUCAAAUACCGUGCAGGUUGUACAGUGAUCAUGUCCACCCACCACAUGGAUGAGGCGGACCUGCUGAGUGACCGGGUCGCUAUCAUCUCUCAGGGGCGUCUCUACUGCUGCGGCUCCCCAAUCUUUCUUAAGAAUUGCUUUGGCGCCGGCUUCUACCUCACUCUUGUUCGGAGAAUAAAAUACAGCACUCCAAAGAUGCGUGAACCUGGAGCUGAUGGUGAUGUCUGCACAGAAAACCGCUCCUGUAAGUGCUCCAAGUGUUUGAAGUUUAAAGCAAACCAAGAGGAGGUUGAGGCUCCAGACAGACAAAUGGAUGGUAACAUCGAACGCAUCACAGCCCUGGUGCAUCAUCACGUGCCGCAGGCUCGCCUGAUUGAGGCUAUUGGCCAAGAGAUGACCUACCUGCUUCCCAGUCAUGACUUCCAACCGAGGGCCUACGCCAGCCUCUUCAGGGAGUUGGAGGAAACCCUGGAGGACAUCGGCCUCAGCAGCUUUGGUGUGUCUGACACGUCGUUGGAAGAGAUUUUCUUAAAAGUCACUGCUGAUGGCUAUGCAUGCAACAAAAAAUGCAUUCAAGAAAAUAAAUCAUUGCAGCAGAUUUCUCGAGCUAGUCUCUGUGGAUUCAACAGAGUGACGAUUGCAAUGGAGCCACCUAAAGACUCAGAUGAGCCUUCGGACAUCCCGUGUGAUGGUCCAGAAGGUAACGCGGGCCGGGGGUCCUAUCAGGUCAGAGGUCUGUGUCUUGCCUUCAAACAGUUCUUUGCACUGUUGAUCAAGAGGUUGCACCACACCACCCGCUCCUGCAAAGACUUCUUUGCUCAGAUUGUUUUACCAGCAAGUUUUGUUUUCCUGGCACUGACAUUCACGUUAAUCGUUCCACCGUUUGGGGAAUAUCCAAGCAUGACUCUAAGUCCUUGGAUGUAUGGCCGACAGUACACCUUCUUCAGUAAUGAACUCCCUUUGGAUGCCCAGAUGAGACAUUUUGGUGAAGUGUUGCUGGACAGGCCAGGUUUUGGGACACGCUGUAUGGCGGAUGAACCGCUGGCAGAUUUCCCAUGUAAUAAUAUCACCACAGAGUGGGAGAUGCUCCUGGUUAACCCCUCAGUGAUCGAAAUGCUGGCUGACCCGAAGUGGAACUCCUUCAGACCGUCUCCAGACUGUCAGUGCAGCACAGACAGGAAACUCACCAUGCUGCCCACAUGCCCUGAAGGAGCCGGGGGUCUUCCACCUCCACAGAGAAUUCAGUCAACAGGAGAUGUUCUCAUGGAUUUGACUGGUAGGAACAUCUCAGACUACCUGGUGAAAACGUACCCCACUCUCAUCAGAACUAGCUUAAAGAGCAAAUAUUGGGUGAAUGAACAAAGGUAUGGAGGAAUAUCAGUCGGAGGCCAGCUUCCUGUUUUAGAGCUGCAGCCAAAGUUCAUCCAGGAUUCAGCAGCCCAACUGGGACAAAUGCUUAAUGUUACUGGGGGCGACCACUGUAAACAAACACUGAGGGAAAUAGGUACAUUCCUCAGGUACAUGGAGACGCAGAACAAUGUUAAGGUAUGGUACAACAACAAGGGCUGGCAUGCCAUGGUGUCUUUCAUGAACGUGGCCAACAAUGCCAUCCUGCGUGCAAACCUGCCGAAAGGAACUAACCUGGAUCAAUACGGAAUCACGGCCAUCAACCACCCUCUGAACCUCACCAAAGAACAACUCUCGGAAAUCACUGUCUUGAACACGUCGGUGGAUGCAGUGGUAGCCAUUUGCGUGAUCUUCGCCAUGUCUUUUGUUCCAGCUAGCUUCGUCCUCUAUCUCAUUCAGGAAAGGGUCACCCAGGCCAAACAUCUACAGUUUGUCAGUGGUGUCAGCCCUCUGAUCUACUGGAUGGCCAACUUUCUCUGGGACAUGGUGAAUUACUCUAUCAGUGCAUUGAUGGUGGUGCAGAUUUUCGUCUUUUUUGAUAAGAAGUGCUACACCUCAUCAACCAAUCUGCAACCACUCAUUGCACUACUUAUGCUUUAUGGCUGGUCCGUCACCCCCAUGAUGUACCCAAUGUCCUACAUGUUCAGCGUCCCCAGCACAGCCUAUGUGUCUCUGUCAUGUAUCAACCUCUUCAUAGGCAUCAACAGCAGCGCUAUCACCUUCAUCCUGGACCUUUUUGAAGGAACCAGUGCUUUGUACAAGUUCAACCAGCUGUUGAAGACUGUGCUGCUCAUCUUUCCCCAUUACUGUCUGGGUAGAGGCCUCAUAGACAUGGCCAUCAACCAGGCCGUGACUGACAUCUUCACUCGCUUUGGUGAGGAUCACAGUCCAGACCCCUACAACUGGGACUUCAUUGGGAAGAAUCUGUUCUGCAUGGCAGUUGAGGGAUUCGUCUAUUUCAUCUUUAACAUUUUCUGUCAGUAUCGCUUCUUCCUGGAUCACUGGAUACCCGAUGGCCCAAAGCCUUCUAUUCUGGAUGAAGACUUGGAUGUGGCUGAGGAAAGAGAGAGGAUCUACAAAAGCAGGAAAACAAAUGACAUUUUACACGUAUGCAACCUUUCAAAGAUAUACACAGGAACCAUGACUCCCGCAGUGGAUCAAAUCUGUAUUGGUGUAUCACCAGGAGAGUGUUUUGGUCUCCUGGGGGUAAAUGGUGCUGGGAAGACCACCACAUUUAAAAUGUUAACUGGAGACAUUGAUGUCACCACAGGAGAUGCCUCAAUUGCUGGUCACAGCAUUUUGACCAACAUCCUGGACGUCCACCAGAACAUGGGAUACUGCCCACAGUUUGACGCCAUCGAUGAACUUCUGACAGGAAGAGAACACCUUCACCUCUAUGCUCGCCUCCGUGGGGUACCAGAAGCUGAGAUCAGCAGGAUUGCUGAGUGGGCCAUUCAAAAACUGGGUCUGUCCGAGUAUGCGGGUCAAAGUGCUGGUACCUACAGUGGAGGAAACCGCAGGAAACUAUCCACAGCCAUUGCCAUGAUUGGCUGCCCCGCUCUUGUGUUGCUGGAUGAACCCACAACAGGCAUGGACCCACUCUCAAGACGCUUCCUCUGGCGCUCCAUUGUGAGUGUGAUCCGGGACAGACGAGCCGUUGUUCUCACUUCGCACAGCAUGGAGGAAUGCGAGGCACUGUGCACACGUUUGGCCAUCAUGGUUAAUGGAUCUUUCAAAUGUCUGGGAACCAUUCAGCAAUUGAAAUACAAAUUUGGUGAUGGCUAUGUGGUGACCAUGAAGAUAAGGGCCUCCAAGGCAGGCGGCGCACCGGAUCUGAACCCGGCCGAAGCCUUCAUGGAGAGCACCUUCCCUGGCUGCAUCCAGAGAGAAAAACAUUACAACACCCUGCAAUACAAGAUUGCCUCAUCCUCCCUUGCAAGGAUCUUUCAGAUGGUUCUUGCUAACAAAGAAAAGCUCAACAUCGAGGACUAUUCUGUGUCACAGACCACGCUUGAUCAGGUGUUUGUGAAUUUUGCCAAGCAGCAGUCAAGAGAGGAUGAUGCGAUUGUUUUGCAUCCAAAAGCUGCAGGGGCCCGGCAAGGCGAUCAUGGCAGUCCAAUUAAGAGAUUAAGGAAAUGAAAACUUUUAUUAUUUUCUUCAUUUCAGGGGGCUGCCAUAAUUGAUGAACUUUGCAUCCGAAGAUGGUGAUUUGGAAUACUCAAAAUCUGUCAGCAGAGCCUCAGGACGUUGUUCUCUUUAAGGGUGCAUUUACAGCUAUAGUUCAUUUCACCGGUCCGAAUUUUUUUUUACUUUUGUAAACCUCCACAUGGCAAACAAGCCAAGCAAACCCAAACAAACUACACAAGAUCACUCUAAUCUCUUACUGGUCACAAGACUAAACAGGAGGAAAUGUAUGGAGUUCUGAGUGAAACAAGCAUAUCUCUAUAAGAAGCCGGUACACCAGUAAAACUGCUAUAGAAUUAGUUUUUCCUCAUUGUAUUACCUUGCAUUGAAGGAAUCUUGAGGACAAGGUGACCCUUAAGCCUGGUUUUGACUAAGCAGUAUGUACAGUUUAGUUCAUUUUGUUUAUGUGUCUGUUCUUUAUAGUUGGUAAAAGUAUCAUUACUGCUAAUUCUAACUGCCGCAAUUUUGGCACCGUACUAUAGAGUACGAAUCACAACUGUACCGCAUCACAUCUCGCUUGUAAAAUGCAGUUUGCCAGUGAGGCAAACCUUAAAAUGCCUUUCGUUGCAUUGCUUCACACGUUCAGCUUUACGUUACCUUUUUGGUAGUUACAAUUAAUUGAAGAACGUAGCAAUAAUGUGCCUACAAUUAGACGCUCUUUUGCUCACCUUAUAGGCCUUGCGAGCUAAAAACAGCUCUAGAUUCAGGACAAUGACCAUGACUGAGUAAUAACAUGUCAGUGAGAGGGAGCUUUUUAAAGGAUGCAUUGGUCCUGUGUAUGUAAUGUAUCAACUUCUGAUGCCGAGCCUGACCAAUUUUUCUUUUUUUUUUUUUGGCCUUCCUGAAAUAAGCACUUGUGGCAUAUAGAGAAUUCUUAGCACUUUAUUGACGCAUUAUUCACUGAAGCUUUUUUUACAGAGAGGUUGGCAAUCUGUAGAAACAAAUUCAAAUAAACGUGCAGAAACUAAUUGUUUCAUUAAUCUUGCUGCUAUUCGGGACUUCUCAACACAAUAGUUUUGUGUGCUGUGUCAUACAUGUGACUUUGGUAAACACUCACAAGCAGAAACACAUGCAAUGUUUUGAACCUUGUCACGAUACUGUGCAUUCGCCCUUAUUGAAACCCUUCUACCGCAGCAAUAAAUCCGACAUGUCACGGGACAAGCUCACAAAUCCAUGAUUUAUAAGCCCACUGUUCUCAACUUUGUUUCUAAAGCAUUGGACUGAAUAUCACAAGUCAUACUACAAAUAUGACUACUGCAGAGUCAACUUGUACGUCACCAUAUGCUGUAAAUAGAAAAGGUACUAAUAAAGGUGAGGGUAAAAGUGA